ACUUUCCUUUUGGACACCAACCUACGACAACUUCACAGUCUUCACUUAUAAAUAUUUAUAUUCUUCUUCCUUUUGUCUUAAGAAAGAUUUUAAAAUCCUCUCUGUUUUGUCUCCCUCGCUCUAAGCCAGUUCUCUGAGCCAUGGAAGCUCCCAAGUCUCUCCUCCACCUCUUCUUCCUCCUAUGCGCUUUCAACUUCCUCUCCACGUCCAUCGCUGACGAUGGAGCGACAAUGCUCACUUUGGCUAAAUCGUUUAGUCAUCCGCCAACAGACUGGUCAACAACUACCUCGUCUAACAACUACUGCCGAUGGACUGGCAUAAGCUGCAUCUCGGCCCGCGUUUCCAUUGUGAAUCUUGAGAAGCUUGGUUUAGUCGGGUUUGUUUCUCCGGCCAUUGCAAAUCUCACUUCUCUGAAGAGUAUCUACCUUAAUGACAACAACUUAACCGGCAUUAUACCUAAGGAGUUGACAUUUAUGACUAGUCUACGGUUCAUCAACGUCUCCAACAACAACCUCACCGGGAAAAUACCGAAGUUCCCGACUUCGGUUAAGUUUAUUUACAAACCUGGUAACUCUUUGCUGGGAAAUAUUGCCGGAUAUUCUUCGACAAAACAUGGAACCGGUGCUAGUUGGAGUGUUUUAAAGGCUUGUGUGAUCACUUUCGCAAUCACGAUUUUUCUUGUCUUUUUAGGAUGGGUGGCUCGAAAAAUCGUUCUGAAAAUGAGGAACAGGGCGAGCGAUGAUGUCUCUGAUGUUGGUGGAUCUGCCAAUGGACAUGGAGAAGGAGAACAUAACGUCAACACAGGUACUGAUGAAAAUCGUAAGGAUCCUUUGGUUCUUGAAGGUGGAAUCGUUUCUUUUUCAGUGGAGGCUCUUCGUGAGGCUACAAAUGGUUUCAGUGAGGAUAACAUAUUGGGAAAGUUACAGGAUGAAACAAAAGUUGCGGUCAAGAGGAUGAACCUUUCAUCAAUGGGUGGUGAAAGAACGAAACAGUUUGACGCCGAGAUUGCCGUGCUCGCCAAGGUUAGACACAGACACGUGAUCGCUCUAUUGGGUUACUGUGUGAACGAGGACGAGAGAUUGCUAGUGUACGAGCACAUGUCACAGGGAAAUCUAGGACAGCAUUUGUUCGACCCAGCUAAACAUGGUUACUCUCCUCUGACUUGGAAACAGAGAGUGAGAAUCGCUUUAGACGUGGCACAAGGUGUUGAAUAUCUCCACAAAUUUGCUCCACAAAGCUCCAUCCACAGAGAUUUAAAGUCCUCUAACAUCCUUUUGGGGGAUGACUUGAGGGCCAAGGUUGCUUAUUUCGGAUUGGUUAAAGUUGCAGCAGUUGAUGGGAACUACUCUGUUGAUCUAAAAGCAGCAACAGGCACAUGUGGUUAUAUAGCACCAGAGUACGCCUCCACUGGGAUGUCAACGGCGUUAGUGGAUGUGUACGCGUUUGGAGUGGUUCUUAUGGAAGUGAUAACAGGAAGAAAAGCAUUAGACAAUGAUUUACCAUAUGAGAGAUCUCAUCUAGCCACAUGGUUUAAUGAAAUCCUAAUCAACAAAGAUAAACUCCCAGAGGAACUUGACCAAAUCUUAAAACCGGACAAGGAAACAAUGGAGAGCAUUCACAAGGUCGCUGAGCUAGCGGGGCAUUGCACAGCCCGAGAGGAACAGAGACCAGACAUGGGCCACGCGGUUAAUGUGCUACGUUCACUUGUAGAGAUAUGGAAACCGUCGUACGAAGAAAGAAAAGAGAAUUUGGGAUUCGAUAUGGAAAUGAGUUUACCUCAACGUCUGCACAGAUGGCAAAACAAAGGAGCAUCGUCGUCAAUGAUUAGUGAACCCUUGCUGAGCCCAUUUGCAGACAAGGAUAUACCCUCGACGGAAGAAGAGUGGAAACUGUUGUUCGCAAAAGACAGUUUGGGACUCUGGGAACCUCUGUGUACAUGAGAAUUUACACAUUCCCACUUUCCAUGUUUUGUAGGAAUCUCCGUCGUUUGUGCUUCAUGUACUUUGCUAUUUAAAAAGAUGAAUGGGACCUUGACUCAGAGUCUCAGACCACUUUCGUGGUGUGCCAAGAAAAAAAUAAUUUAGAUUAAGAGGCAUAAGAGAGAGAGAGAGAGGGAGCUUUUGUUUGGCCAUUGCGAGAGAUUGGUUGGCUAUUACUUUUGGUAUAAUCAACAACAACAAAACCUGGCACGACAAUUAGAGUGACUAAUCCGAGAUCGCAUA